AUGGCACCAAUCGUUUUGCCUACAGUAUUAAUCGCGAGCGCAUAUUUACUGUCAACUGUGUCUGCUGCUCCAAACGUAGAUGAGCUUGUUGGAACAUGGUCUACAAAGUCCGCCGCAGUGUUGACUGGUCCUGGUUUUUACAAUCCAGUUAACGAUUCAUUACUGGAACCUACUCAUACCGGAAUUUCAUACUCUUUCACCGCAGAUGGCUACUAUGAAGAGGCAUACUACAGGGCGAUCUCAAAUCCUGCAAAACCUAGUUGUGUGUCUUCGAUAAUGCAAUGGCAGCACGGUAAAUUCGUCUUGAACGACGAUGGCUCCCUUAGUUUGAACCCGUUCAGUGUGGAUGGUCGUCAAUUAGAAUCUGCUCCAUGUACUGCCGAUACUGCAACGUACACACGAUACAAUCAGAGCGAGACAUUGCAGAAAUACCAAGUCUACACCGAUCCUUAUACGAAAUUAACUCGACUUGAUCUUUACCAAUUCGACGGGACACCCGUCAACCCGAUGUUCUUAGCCUACAGUCCUGCACUUAUGCUUCCUACUGAAACCCUCAACCCAACGUCUUCGGCAAAGUCAACUUCGAGCUCUAAAAUGAAGCGAUGGUUGGGUGGUGCUGAUGAACCCGAAGAGCCUACAACCUCAGAAGGCUACCUCCUCCCUCUCAACAAGAAUGCCAAGCAUAUCAGUCGCGGCAUUGAGCAACCUUCACUCAUUCACCGCAUCGAUCUCGACCUUCUCUGGUGGGCUGGAGUAGGAAUGACCAUUUUUGGAGGCGCGGCGUAUCUAUUAUAA